CUGCGCGUCGCCUGCGGCCCGCGAGGAGGCGGAGGAGCAGAGCAGGACGAGGCGCCGCCUUCCCCGCGCCGCCGCGCGCCCUCGCCGUUGUCUGCGCUGCGCUGCGCUGCGCUGGACCAGUUUCGCGAAGUUGCCCGGGGCCCCGCGCCGCCCAGAUGUGCGACCUCAUCGAGCCGCAGCCGGCCGAGAAGAUCGGCAAGAUGAAGAAGUUGAGGAGAACUUUGUCGGAGAGUUUCAGCCGCAUCGCUCUGAAGAAAGACGACACCACCUUUGAUGAGAUAUGUGUCACAAAGAUGUCCACACGGAACUGCCAGGGAAUGGAUUCAGUGAUCAAGCACCUGGACACCAUUCCUGAGGAUAAAAAAGUCAGAGUUCAGAGGACACAGAGCACUUUUGACCCGUUUGAGAAGCCAGCCAAUCAAGUCAAAAGGGUGCACUCUGAGAACAAUGCUUGCAUUAACUUUAAGUCCUCCCCUGCUGGAAAGGAGUCUCCUAAAGUCAGGCGGCACUCCAGCCCCAGCUCGCCAACAAGUCCCAAGUUCGGAAAAGCUGACUCGUAUGAAAAACUGGAAAAACUAGGGGAAGGAUCUUAUGCAACAGUAUACAAAGGGAAAAGCAAGGUAAACGGGAAGCUGGUGGCUCUGAAGGUGAUCAGGCUGCAGGAGGAAGAGGGUACACCUUUCACAGCCAUCAGGGAAGCGUCUCUGUUGAAAGGAUUAAAGCAUGCCAACAUCGUUCUGCUUCAUGACAUCAUCCACACGAAGGAAACACUGACCCUCGUCUUUGAAUAUGUGCACACUGACUUAUGCCAGUACAUGGACAAGCACCCUGGAGGACUCCAUCCAGAUAAUGUGAAGUUGUUUUUAUUUCAGUUGCUGCGAGGGCUGUCUUACAUCCACCAGCGUUAUAUUUUGCACAGAGACCUGAAACCACAGAACCUUCUGAUCAGUGACGCGGGGGAGUUAAAGCUGGCAGAUUUCGGUCUCGCAAGGGCAAAAUCCGUGCCCAGCCACACGUACUCCAACGAAGUGGUCACCUUGUGGUACAGACCUCCGGAUGUUCUCCUGGGCUCCACAGAGUACUCCACCUGCCUUGACAUGUGGGGAGUUGGCUGUAUCUUUGUUGAGAUGAUCCAAGGAGUUGCAGCUUUUCCAGGAAUGAAAGACAUUCAGGAUCAACUUGAACGAAUAUUUCUGGUUCUUGGAACACCAAAUGAGGACACGUGGCCUGGAGUCCAUUCUUUACCACAUUUUAAGCCAGAACGCUUUACCGUGUACAGCUCUAAAAGCCUUAGGCAAGCAUGGAAUAAGCUCAGCUAUGUAAAUCAUGCUGAAGACCUGGCCUCCAAGCUUCUACAGUGUUCCCCAAAGAACAGGCUAUCAGCACAGGCCGCCUUGAGCCACGAGUAUUUCAGCGAUCUUCCCCCGCGGCUAUGGGAACUGACUGAUAUGUCUUCUAUUUUUACCGUCCCAAAUGUGAGAUUGCAACCUGAAACUGGAGAGAGUAUGAGGGCCUUUGGAAAAAACAAUAGUUAUGGCAAAAGUCUAUCGAACAGCAAGCACUGACAAGCUGGACGUUCCUAGGACAGCACAGGAUUAAGUUGUCAUCAUUCUGGGAAGAAAAAAGAAGAAGAAAUUUUUAAAAAUUAAAUUAAAAAACACUAAUGAAGUGGCCAACAGUGCAAAGGGCUCCUGGAUCAGUUCCCUUCUGUUCCCUGCGGGUGGAUCUCACUUACAAGAAAAUUGAAGCUGGCAAGACCCUGUUUUCUCUGCAAUUUAUUUAAAACCUUGCACGCAUUUGGAUACCUUGUGAUUUCCAAGAACUAUGUGAAGAUUAAGCUUUGCUUACUGAUACAUGGCAUGCAUUCUUUUCAGUCUUUUGUGUCUGAUUCUGUUUGAUUUCCCUCUGCCACACAGUGUCUCUGUGAAGGUUUUUUUUUUUUUUUUAAUGCUUUCAGCAGCCAUGUCUUAAACACAUUAAGACAACACAUUUGGUGUUCACACUUCCUCAGUAAUGUCUGCACUUGAAAGCCACACAGUGGCAUGAAACAAUGUGUGUUUUCUUUGAGAGCGGAGGACAUUCUGCAACCACCAGGAAGGACAUUCUUUUUGCUAAAACAAACCCCAUGUUUUCUGACUGACUAGACAGCAUGGCCCCAGACAGUGGGGACCUAUCUGUUGCUUACCUAUGAGGAGGUUUGGAAAUGUGGGGGUUUUCUUUUUUCUUGGAAAGGUCCACACAUUUACACAGAAGAUCAGAAUCUGCUUAGCAUUUCCAAUAGCAUGACUGUUUCUGAGCAGGUUGUAGGUAGAGACAAGCACAAAGGGCAAAGUCAGGGAUGAAUGAAGGCUGACUUUUGUUUUUUGUUUUUUUUUUUUAAAUUAGCCUGUAGAAAGCAAGGCAACUUUUUACAUGUGUUCUGGGUCUUGUCAUCAUUUUUUUUUCAUCAACUCUGCUAUGCUCUGUAUUUUUAAAUUGGAGAAAAUAGUUAGGAACAUCAUAUUAAUACUUGGGUGCAAAAACCAUCUUUCUGUCACGGUGAGUCCCGAUAAUAGUGUUGGCUGAUUAAUGCUUAAAAAGCAAAUUUAAAAAUCAUCCAGAAUGAAAGGUUUGCUCACUUACACAAAAACACCCUUUGAAUUUGAUUGUUCAGAAACAUUCCAAGUGUUUCAGAAGGCAUCACUGGGUACCAAACUUUAAACCAGUCUCCCGUAAUAACUUUUCAAUGGCAGAUCUUACAAGCCAUGCGGGAAUUUUGCUUUAAAAAUAUAAACAGCAAAGAAAGGCCCAGCUUCCCUUGUUUUAAGGAUCUCUGGGACCUUGCAGGAUGAAGGGAAGUCUGUGCCACUGGGAGAGAGGGCUGCUGUAAGCAUACAGUGCACCCUGAUCUGGGGGCAGCUGCCCGGUGCAGGCCACGUCCUCAGCCAGAUUCACUACACAAUCCCAGUAAAGCUGGGCCCAAGGGGCAGUUAGCAAAGCUCAUGUGACGCAUGCCCUUUGCUCCUCCUGACAUAAAUCUCCAUGGAAACGCAUCUGUGCGCAUUGUUCUAUGUUUUACUCCUCUUGAGAAAGAGGGAAAGAAAAAAAAAAAACAAACUACAAGCUUGAAAUGUGCCACACAUUUUUAGGAUCAAGACUAGGAAUUAGGAUCCAGUUUGACAAGGGCUUUCUGGCUCUCGGAUGAGGGAAAUGCUUCUGGGUAGUCAAACCCAGCCACUCUGGAAGUAGAUCCACGUUCCUAAACUUUCAAAGGGGUUGUCUCUGAGUAACAGGCAUAACCCAUCCUCUCGUCUAUUCAGUGGGAUCGCUCACUGCAAUCUCAGAAUCAAGGAAUCGCUUACUGAAUGAUCUGUAAGAAAGCAAAAGACACCAACGGUGACAAUGUUUACUGUUUGCUACCUGGGAACCAUUUUCAUCUCUCUUGUACAUUCCUUCGGUGGGAAGACUUUGCAGGUAUUUUGAUUUAAAGUAUAAUUAAAUUGGGAGUUCUUUAAGUGGGGUGAAAACCUUGUGUGUAAUUAACAACAGCCUCCCCUGUGAUUUGCUUAGAAUCCCUCAUUCAUCUGGUAGGGAAAGGCAACAUGUUUAUAUUUCACUAAGUAUACGUCAGGAACUCCACGCUAAUGUUGAAAGGUUUCAAUAAGAAUGUAAAAGCAACUAGAGACCCAUACCCUUGUCUAGACAGCUUCUCCUGGGAAGUAAGACAAAGCACUGCUCAGUGUGGGGUCUGCCUCAGGACAGGCAUACCUCUCAGGUUAAAAGGGUUUCAGUUUCCUGUGCUUGUCAUCAAGGAAGGAAAAUCCAAAGUGUCUGCUCCCACCCAGCACAGGCAUACCCCCUUCCCCUGCUUGUCUCUCCUGCCCUCUCUGAGGGCGUCUUGAAAACCAGUACAGACUGCGUUCAUUAACAUGUUGUUAUACUGUCGAGAAAGCGCUGGAAUGUUUGGUGAGAUUAUUUUUCUAUGAAGGAAAAGCUUGAGUUUGGACAGCUGGUAAGAGUAGCAUGAACACCUUGGCAUGGCAAUUGUAUCAACUCAACCUCACUGCACACAGUAUUUGGAAAGGAAGUAUGGGACUUCGUUUCCAACUUCUUAAGGAGAACAUUUUAAUUAAUUAAGAAUUACAAGACAAUAGGUCACGAAAAUACAUCUGUUGUACUAGGCAAAAAUUUAGAGGUAUAAGACAGGGGCAGCUGUCUACCCACCAUGCACGGAUGAGAAUUUGUUUCUAGCUCUCAAGUGACUAGAAAAGUUUCCAAGGGAGCUCGUGGAUUGUGGGAAAACCAGGGGCUCUUGCUACCCUUUCUUCAGUGUGUAUAUGACAGCCACUGUAAUCAGUUCCCUGUGUAUGCGUCCAUAGCGGACACCCAUCUGUGAAUAUUCCUGGGUUUGUAAUCUUUUGUUAUAUAAGAGGAUGUUUAGGCUGUACAUACUGGGGUAGAUCAUUGCCUGCCCCUAUACAUAGAAAUAUGCUGCAUAAUUGUGCAUAACUUCCUUCUCCGUUCCUGGCUUGUAGACAGAGGAAACUGUAUGUUAGUUUUCAGUUUCCUCAUAUACCAAACUGAAAAAAAUUUUUAAAUCUCAAAUGAAAUAAGCAAUUUCCUGUUCUCACCGCCCCCUUUCACAGCAGCAUAUAUUAGAGGCACAAACAAACAAAAAAAAAUCUACGUUCUUUGUGAGUGGGCUUUCAAUUCUGUUCUCAUUUCUUUUUCUCUCCCCUCCCCCUUUGUUUAUAUGAUGCACUGAGAUGUAUACUUUUUAAUGCGGUUAGUACCUCAGAUAUCCAUUAUGCUUCACACGGCACAUAGCAAGGAGAAUGGAACAUCACAUGUUGCAUAUGUGUUGACAGUUGUUACUUGUCUGUAUUAUGAAGGAUGUAAUGGUUUGUCAGCUGUCAUUGUUGUUUUCUGUAACAUGAUAUGGAAUAAAGUAUAGCCGAAUCUGCA